UGUCCCUAUUGCUACAAUUCCCCCCCAUUUGAAGGAAUCACCACUCUCUUUGGUUCCAUUAAGCUUGGGAAUUCUGGAAAACUAGGCAAAGGAGCAGGCAUGCCCUGCUUUCUUUGCCCUCAUCCAACAUGUCGACACUCCAUGAUUACGCAGGGAGUAUGUGCUUGCCCUGAGUGCAGUGGGACUCUUAUCCUUGAUCCAGUCAGUGCUCCCAAAUGGAGACUCUACUGCAACAUUUGUAAUUGCAUGGUCUCCCUUCCACAAGGCGCUCAUCGAAUCUCAACCACUAGCAACAGAUGCCCUGAUUGUGAUUCCUUAAUCAUUGAAGUAGACUUCAAUAAGAAGACAACACCUCUAAGUGAUGGAGCUACAUUGUAUUCUGGCUGCAUAUUGUGUGAUGAAUUGCUGCAUUCUCUCAUUGAAAUGAAGCACGGCAAGUCGUUCUUUAGGCGAGGAAGAGGUAGAGGAAGAAGUCGAGGAAGAG